UCGCCUCUGAUUGGUGGACGGAGCUCGGCGCUAGUUGCCUUGCCUGGUGAGGAGAGAGAGAGAGGAACCGGCAGGAGUGUGUGCUAAUUGGUGUAAAAUGGCGCUGUCUCAAGGAACAAAGAAAAAAGUUUGCUAUUACUAUGACGGGGAUGUGGGGAACUACUACUACGGGCAGGGCCAUCCCAUGAAACCCCACAGGAUCCGCAUGACACACAACCUGCUGCUCAACUAUGGACUGUACAGGAAGAUGGAGAUCUAUAGACCACACAAAGCCAGUGGCGAGGAGAUGACCAAAUACCACAGUGACGACUACAUUAAGUUCCUGCGGUCCAUCCGGCCAGACAACAUGUCUGAGUACAGCAAGCAGAUGCAGAGAUUCAAUGUCGGAGAGGACUGUCCGGUGUUCGAUGGCCUGUUUGAGUUCUGCCAGCUCUCGACGGGUGGAUCUGUCGCUGGGGCGUUGAAGCUGAACAAGCAGCAGACAGACAUCGCCAUCAACUGGGCGGGAGGCCUCCAUCACGCCAAGAAGUCUGAGGCGUCUGGUUUCUGCUACGUCAACGACAUCGUGCUGGCCAUCCUCGAGCUGCUCAAGUACCACCAGAGGGUGUUGUAUAUAGACAUCGACAUCCACCACGGCGAUGGGGUGGAGGAGGCCUUCUACACCACUGACAGGGUCAUGACUGUCUCUUUCCACAAGUAUGGAGAGUACUUCCCCGGCACUGGAGACCUGAGGGACAUCGGAGCUGGAAAGGGAAAGUAUUACGCAGUAAACUACCCGCUCAGAGACGGUAUUGACGACGAGUCGUAUGAAGCCAUCUUCAGACCUAUCAUGGCUAAAGUGAUGGAGAUGUACCAGCCGAGUGCUGUUGUUCUGCAGUGUGGAGCGGACUCUCUCUCUGGAGACAGACUGGGCUGCUUCAACCUCACCAUCAAAGUUGCCCGGCGGUCACAAACUGGUAACAUCAACAAUAUGCUAAGGCAGCCCCUCCUUACGGGAGAUGAGGCUGCUCAAGGCUGGUCGGCUGCUGUAAGCGUGGUGAUCGGAGCUCCGAAGGCCAACACGACGCAGUUCAACGUCACCGAGGGAGGGUCCGUCUUCUACUGUCCCUGGAGCAUCGGCCAAUCAGACUGCCACACCAUCGACUUUGAUAGUAAAGAGAUUGAGAAACUGGAGCCAGUGUUUUGA